UAGUAUCAAACAUGUCUCUCAGAGGUUUUAUAUGUUGCUGUUUGUUUGCUAUUAGCAUAGCACAGAAUGAGACUAAUAAUAAGCUUUUUCCUGAAGACUUCCUGUUUGGUGCAGCCACAUCUGCCUAUCAGAUAGAGGGUGCAUGGAAUGAAGACGGCAAAGGUGAAAAUAUUUGUGAUCGUUUUACACACUCUAAUCCUGAAUUAAUUGCUAAUAACGCCAAUGCAGAUGUAGCUUGUGACUCUUAUCACAAGUACAAAGAAGAUGUGGCUAUGUUGAAAGAAUUAAGCGUUGAUUUUUAUCGAUUUUCUCUAUCCUGGUCAAGGAUACUUCCUACAGGGUUUGUAAAUAAAAUUAAUCUUCCCGGAGUGACAUACUACAAGAACUUAAUCAAAGAACUAAAAGAUAACGGCAUCGAGCCCCUGAUCACCUUAUACCACUGGGACCUGCCGCAACCCUUACAGGACUUAGGGGGAUGGACAAAUGAAUUCGUAGUGGAAGCUUUUGCAGAAUACGCGAGGCUAUGCUUCGAACUCUUUGGAGAUGACGUAAAGUACUGGCUAACAUUUAACGAACCAAAGCAAAUUUGUCCACCUAUCCCAGGAACUCCAUCCCCAGGGAUAGGGGAGUAUAUAUGUGCUCACCAUAUACUCAAGGCUCAUGCUAGGGUUUGGCACACAUAUGACCAAGAAUUUAAAGCUACGCAGAAUGGGCAAGUAUCAAUCACUAUUGAUGCUAGUUGGCAAGAACCUGCGUCUGACAGUCAGGAAGAUAUAGCUGCUGCUGAAAGAACAUUACAAUUCACUGUAAGUUGA